AACGAAAUAGACGAGCUGAGGACAGAGAUGGACGAGAUGAGGGACAGUUUCUUUGAGGAGGAUGCUUGUCAGCUUCAAGAAAUGCGCCAUGAACUGGAGCGAGCCAACAAGAACUGCCGGAUCCUUCAGUACCGGCUGCGCAAGGCCGAGCGCAAGCGGCUCCGCUACGCCCAGACUGGCGAGAUUGACAACGAGCUCAUACGCAGCAUGGAGCAGGACCUCAAGGUUGCAAAAGAUGUGUCAGUGAGGCUUCAUCACGAGUUAGAAAAUGUGGAAGAAAAACGUACUAUAACAGAAGAUGAAAAUGAAAAAUUAAGACAGCAGCUUAUAGAAGUUGAAAUUGCCAAACAAGCACUACAGAACGAGCUGGAAAAAAUGAAAGAGCAAUCACUGAAGAGGAGAGGAAGCAAAGACCUACCAAAAUCAGAAAAAAAGUCACAGCAGACACCAACAGAGGAUGACAAUGAAGACCUGAAGUGCCAGCUACAGUUUGUCAAAGAAGAAGCAGCCUUGAUGAGGAAGAAAAUGGCUAAAAUUGAUAAAGAGAAAGACAGAUUUGAACACGAGCUGCAAAAAUACAGAUCAUUUUAUGGGGAUUUGGACAGUCCCUUGCCAAAAGGUGAAGCAGGUGGGCCACCUACCACAAGAGAAGCUGAACUCAAGCUUCGAUUGAGGCUUGUGGAGGAGGAAGCUAACAUUCUUGGGAGGAAAAUAGUUGAACUGGAAGUAGAAAAUAGAGGACUGAAAGCAGAGCUCGAUGAUUUAAGAGGAGAUGAUUUCUCAGGGACCACUAACCCACUCCUGGGAGAGCAGAAUGAAUCCCUGUCAGAAUUACGACAGCAUUUGCAGCUGGUAGAAGAUGAAACAGAAUUGCUGAGGAGAAAUGUAGCUGAUUUAGAAGAACAAAACAAGCGCAUAACAGCUGAGCUGAACAAAUACAAGUACAAGUCUGGGGCCCAUGAGAGCUCCAGGCACCAUGACAAUGCCAAGACGGAAGCGUUACAGGAGGAGCUAAAAGCUGCACGAAUGCAGAUCAACGAGCUGAGUGGAAAAGUCAUGCAGCUCCAGUAUGAGAACAGAGUGCUGAUGUCCAACAUGCAGCGCUACGACCUGGCCUCUCACCUGGGGAUCCGUGGCAGCCCCAGAGACAGCGACGCGGAAAGCGAUGCGGGAAAAAAGGAGAGCGAUGAUGAUUCCCGUCCCCCUCACCGCAAAAGGGAAGGUCCCAUCGGCGGGGAAAGCGACUCUGAAGAGGUGCGCAACAUCCGGUGCCUGACGCCCACCAGGUCUUUUUAUCCAACGCCGUCGGGGUGGCAGAAGAGCUUCACUGACAGGCAGCAGAUGAAGGACAUUCGCUCCGAAGCCGAGCGGCUGGGCAAGACAAUAGACCGCCUCAUUUCCGACACGAGCACCAUCAUCACAGAGGCAAGAAUUUAUGUGGCCAACGGAGACCUCUUUGGGCUGAUGGACGAGGAGGACGAUGGCAGCAGGAUACGUGAGCACGAGCUCCUGUACCGCAUCAACGCGCAGAUGAAGGCCUUCAGGAAGGAGCUCCAGGCUUUCAUCGACAGACUGGAAGUUCCAAAGACUUCGGACGAUCGAAGUGCAGAUGAACCUUUGUCAGUGAGUCAGAAUUGUUUCAGAGAGGUUUUGGGGAGCAAACUCCUUGCUGACUCAAGAUCUUUUGCCAUGAAAAAUGAAAAUUACCUACCCUUAUCUUAUCAUGCAAUCCUAUAGUUGGCAUAUCUUGUUAUUGCUAAUGAAGUUAUCCAAUGUUUUGUAAGUCUCUUGCUGUGGUAAUUUACUUUGUGCUGUCUUGCUAGUUUACAGUUGAAGUAGUUGCCAGGUGAAGCUGAAAGCUAUUCUUAUUCCUAUGCUGACUAAUUAGUCUUUUGUUUCCUUGUAUCAGAAAGUCACAGACGCAGUGAGUUUAAAGCUAAUCAAUUACUAUACAUGUAUUGCAUGAAAUCAAACAGAGACGGCACUUAGCAUGCUCACUUUCUGAUCUAGCACUAGUUCUGAGCUUGUAGAGCUCCCAUUGGCUUAAACGCAGAGCACUGCAUGGACCUACACAAAUUUCAAACAAACUAAUUUAUAUUUUCUCUAAACAAAUAAUAAAAUUGAACAUUUAACAAUUGGACAUUUCAAGGCUUGACCAUGCAGAACUCCUACUGAAGUAAAUGGGAGAUGGGCACUUGGUCCCUCCACAAGCAUAUUCUGAUUCACUAUUUAUUUUGUUGAAACUUUGGACUUGCUAUUCCAUUAAUUGACUGUUCUCUUUGUCUUUGUAUUUACUU